CGGGCGGAUAAGAGCAUCAAAUUGUUGUAAAGUGAAGUCUGACUACAAAUUGAGGACUAGUUUUGCAUUGAAUUUGAAAAGAAAAAGAGGACUUUCUUUCUCCACUCCUCUCACACACAGAGCAACUGGUAUUUGAAGUUGAGAUCAAAGAAUACACUAUUUGUCUCAAUUGUAUAGAUAUAACGGUUUGGCGAUAAGACAUGAAUGCGUUAAGAAUUAUUAUAUUGCUUUCGGUAAUCGGUUUGGCGUUAAGUGUUGUAACGCGAGUCAAAGUUGGAUCCAAACGAUGGGCUUUUCAUUUGGAGGUGAAUGAGGGGAAGAAUGUACGCAAAGAAUGGACGGACGAGAGUGGCGUCACUCACGGAACCUUUACUUUUGUCGGACACGAUAACUCUUCCCGACAAUGCUAUAUCUUUUCCUUCGCUCUUCAGCUCGAAUACAAGUUUGAUUUGACAGCCGAAGAGCCGGACAUAUCAUUUUCGGUGGUCAACCAGGAAAGCGCUCAAAGUCUAGAAAGUAAUGAGACGACAACCACUGCCCCGACUAAUCCGUCCGAUAACUCGUCUUCAAUACAAUCCACUUCUGAGCCAAAUUACGAGUCCAUCGAUGGCGAGGAAGAGUUUACUGGACACGUAUCGAUAAAAGUUGGUAAAAAUGUUUAUUUUAUAAACUUCUUGAGCGGCGAUAAGUCGGCCGCUCGUGAGGAAGCAUUUGAUGAAAAUGGACUCAUUUACGGCAAAUAUACAUUUUUCAACGAGGCCAAACUAUCCAAGAUUGUGGUUAAUUACAAAUUCAAUUCUUCUGGAAGUGAUCCUACAUUUGAAUUCUCGUUGUAUAAGAAGAACGAACCGAAUCGUCUCAAUCCACUCGAAAAUGAAUCCAAUACAAACACUUAUUACGAUCCGAAUCGCGUCAACCGUAGAGUACUAUUGCCGUCGGCCGCCGGCCCUCACCAUCCGUACGCCCGACAGAAUCGGCCGCACAUGCCUUCGGUCACUCUCCAGAGCACAAACCCGCCGCACAAUAUCAUUACACCGAUGCAGGGAAACUGGUAUUACAGAGUCCAGUGAUUUCCCGGCAAUCAAUACCAAAGCGUAACUCAACCCAUAUAUGCGUUCAUUUCUAUUCUCUUCGAUGUCCUUAAGAUGUUUGACUUUUAUAGACAUUUGAUUUAAAAGUUUUUUUUGUUUAUUUAUGAAAACUUUUUUCGUCAUUUAUUUUUUAUUCUUUAUAAAUGAUAAGCUUUUGCUUUUGCAUGAAAAUAACAGACCGUUUGUUGUCUUCAAGCGCUGAUUCAUCUGUUGUUGUAUUGUUUUUAUUAUCAAAACAUCAAAAUUGGGAAC